AUGGCUAUCCAAUACCUCAUCCUCCUUUCACGCCAGGGUAAAGUGCGCCUUGCAAAAUGGUUCACCACCCUGUCGCCCAAAGAAAAGGCCAAGAUCGUCAAGGACGUUUCCCAGCUGGUCCUCGCCCGUAGAACACGCAUGUGCAACUUCCUCGAAUACAAGGAUUCCAAGAUCGUUUACCGCAGAUAUGCGUCGCUAUUCUUUAUCGCAGGAGCGGCUUCAGAGGACAACGAACUGAUUACACUCGAGAUCAUCCACCGCUACGUCGAGCAGAUGGACAAGUACUACGGCAACGUCUGCGAGCUAGAUAUCAUCUUCUCUUUCACGAAAGCCUACUACAUAUUGGACGAGCUAUUAUUAGCGGGAGAACUGCAAGAAAGCAGUAAAAAGAACGUGCUGCGGUGUAUAUCUCAGCAGGAUUCGCUCGAGGACAUGGAGGUCGAGGACGAGGUUACAAAGAUCAUGUAA